CUUGCGUAGACCGAAUGUGUCUUCCGGUGAUAAGGGAAGAGCGAUGUCACGUAAGGAGGUCAGUAAAGGAUCGGACAGUGUCGUCGAAAACAACUACAGGACCCCAGGAUUGAGGGGUGUCCAGACCACCUCAUUGUUUCGUGCGGUCAACCCAGAACUCUUCAUAAAGCCUAAUAAACCAGUGAUGGCUUUUGGACUGAUAACCAUCACCUUGUGUGUUGGAUAUCUGGGAUAUUUACAUGCAAUGAAAGAGGACCAGCAGCUUUAUGAAGCCAUCGACAGUGACGGAGAGAGACUGAUGAGGAGGAAAGCUUCAAAGUGGGAGUGAAAGCAGAAAAUUGACAACAGUGAAUCAAAACCUGACUGGACUUACAGAAGAACACUCUAAAAGCCUCAAUAAUAUUGUAACAUACAAUGUUGCUGAUUUUUGUAAAACAUUUAUGUAAAGACAUUUUAAAUUAAAUCUACUCAUUUAGUGGUGUACAUCAAAGAAGUUCACUUAAUGCACUAUAAAUGUGCUGCAUGGAUGGUAUUGCCAUGAAAUAAAGAUGUACAAACUCUGA